AUGUCGAGGGGGCAGAAACUUGGCUCAUCGCUCGUCAACAAGCUGGAUGAGUACCAAAGCUACCUGUCAGACCACCCUGUGGAUAUUGGUGUAGUGGCUGAAUCAUGGUUCUCCCCAACCAUCCCUGAGUCCUGUCUUUUUAUUGAAGGGUUACUCUUCUCCAAGUGCCGCACAACAAGAAGAGGCGGAGGGGUGGCCGUAUACGUAAGGAAUUCCAUACCUGCUGGACUGGUACCAGAUAUUACUGUUCCUCCUGAGCUGGAGUGUAUAUGGGUGUCAGUAAGACCGAGACGUCUGCCCAGAGGGGUGUCACAAGUUGUCGUGGGUGCCGUCUACAACCUGCCAUCCUCACCUCACCAGGAACUGCUACUAGAACACCUCGUCUCUGCCACAGACGACAUACGAACACGUAACCCUGAUGCUGGAAUGAUUCUGUUGGGGGAUUUCAACCACCUGGAUAUAGGUCAACUCUGCAACGGAAACAACCUAUCCCAGUUCGUCAAAGAACCAACGAGAGGACAGGCUAUGUUAGACCUGAUUAUCACCAAUCUAGAGAAACACUACAAAAUUCCCCAAGUAUGUAGCCCUUUGGGUUUGAGUGAUCACAGCACGGUUUUGUGGGAACCGCAGAUAACAAGGAAAGAGAACUUUACCAAGUGCAAGACAGUGAGACCUAUCCGCGACUCCGACCGCCGAGUCUUUGGCCAAUGGAUAUGUUCUCAAUCCUGGGACGAAGUGUACACAUCUCCUACCUGUGCCGGCAAGGCCGAGGCCUUUUACACAGCAAUGGAAGAUGCUAUAAACAAGUUUUUCCAAACCAAGCAGGUAACAAUGCACAGCAAUGACAAGCCGUGGUUAAAACCAGACAUCAAGGACAUGAUUCGCCGACGGCAGAAAGCAUUCUCAGAAAACAAGACUGCCUUGUGGAAAUACCUGCGUAACAAGUCAGAGCUCUCACUCAACAUCCCCGGUCAAGACGAAGCAGACAACACUUUCAUCGCAAACCACAUCAACAAGAAGUUUGCAGAGGUGGCACAGGGAAGACCGCCCCUGGAUCCUGAACAGUUACCAGCAUACAGGCCCGUCAAGUCAUGCCCACCUGAGGUCAACGUGUGGGAUACCUACAACCGUCUGCGCAAACUGAAGGCCGGCAAGGCGUCGGGGCCAGACCAGUUGAGUACUAGAAUCCUGAAGGAAUUUGCAUGUGAAAUAAGUGGUCCGGUCACAGACAUGAUGAAUGCUUCUUUCAAGGAAGGUUACGUCCCACAAGUAUGGAAGGACGCCACAGUAGUGCCCUUACCCAAGUCACAACCUCCAUCAGUCGACAAACUCAGACCAGUCUCUCUAACAUCUCAACUCGCCAAGGUCACAGAGUCCUUCGUUUCGAACUGGAUUUUGGAGGACAUAAGUGCGUCACUGGACCAACAGCAGUUUGGUUGCCUAAAAGGCCGCUCUACAACACUGUAUCUGGUCAGCUUGAUAGACUUCCUCUGUAGGGAAUCUGAAAAGGCCAAGAACAUUUGCACAAUCAAUUAUGGUUAUGACAGACUUUUCAAAAGCCUAAGUUGA